GAGAAAGAAAUCUUCUUGGACGUUAGAGGGGAGUCCUCCGAGCUGGGCUUCAGAGAUCAAGGCUCUUCCCGGCCCUCUGUCUGGUUUUAGAUGGGGGCAGCUCCCACUCUCAUGGGCCCUUUGCCAGCCCAGUGGAGCCCCUGUUGCCACCCGAGGAAAAGAAAGCUGCAAGAAAACUCCAGCAAGAACAGUGGCUCAUCCCCCAAACAUUCAUGACUAAACUGGGCUAGGGAUGCACCCCGUUUGUGUUGGUGAGCUUGCCCCCCAGGCCCAAGAGAGGAGAUGUUUAACCAACUAGCCCUCAGCACAGCCUUGUUUCAUCACAAGUCGACUACCGGGGCCAGGGCACUUCACUGGCCCUGGACCACCCUGCUCUCAGCAUUCCCUCCUUUGCUGCGGCUCUUCCCCUGAGUCUGACUGUAUUUCUUUCCUGCAGCUUUAAGAAGACCAUUGCUCCGUGGUGGGAUGGUGUGUUAAAGCCACACAGAGGAAGUUACGCAGCCUGGAUCAGACAGUGAGAUAAAAGCUCCGAUUGUGAUUGAAAGUGAUGGCAAAAGGAUUUAGCCUCAGUAUUAACUUGGAGAGGAGUGGAGGGGGAGAGAGAGAGGGAGAUUUCCUAAAGCUCCCAGCCAUCUGUCCUGGAGCUCAGCUGGGGGGAUGCUGACCGUCCUAGAUGAGAAGAGGUGAAACCCACCACAGCCCAGGAAGGACCAGAUCCCAACCACUGUGGGUUCUUUCCGUGUUUCUUUUCAGGGAGAGAGGGGAAACAAAAGUUUAACUUGUUUGUGACCGACCUCCGACUCCACCCGAGUGGGAGGCGCGGGCAGGCUUGCCUGCCCCCCUCCCCUCAUCCAAUGUCUCUGGGACGGCUGCAGGCAGCUCCACAUGCAUCCUGAUUGCUCUCCAACCCCAAACUAGCAGCAGCAGCAGCAACAGCAGCAGCAGCAGCAGCAGCAGGAGGAGGAGGAGGAGGGAGGAGAAAGGACCAGCUUUCACCCCUACAUCCCCCUCACCCACCCAGUCAACAGUCAGAAGAGAGGCAGAGCCCAGAGGGGUGGUGGUGCUUUGGCUGGCUGGCUGACCUGCGCUCCUUGGUGGAAUCUGUCCGUCCCUCACUGCGCCUGUUAGAAAGGCUCCAAGCCCGGGUGUGGUUGCUAAUGAGCACUCUCUCCUCCCUUCUUACAAUGAAAGACAAGCCAGACCCCAGGUACCUGGAUGGAUUGGUAGCUGAAGCUUCAGAAACUUCAUAAGUUGCCUGUGGCUAGAAGCCAAGGUCAGCUGGUCUCCUAUUAGUGCCUAUCCCUGUUCAAGUAGAGCAAAACAACCCAUCCCCUGAUCAACACCUCAGUGGCUUUUUAUUUUUUCAGAUGAUCACAAGAUAGCUGUCACUUUAAACCCAUAUGAAAGUCUUUCUAUUUUUUUGGUUCAAAACAUUACAUUCAGUCCCAAAGAGGAAUAUGUUUCCAGCUAACAUGUAUACUACCUGAUUUUAUUUUAUUUUUUUCUAAUUCAGGCCUGGGGGGUUCAUUCUAAGUUCUUUCCAGCUCACCACACUUUAAGGACGCUUUAAACCCUUCAUUGAUUGGAAGGACAAAAAUUAAAAGCAAUCUGAUCCAGCCUCAUGCAGAUCCCUGUGGAUUUUCUCCCUAUCCCAUUUCAAAACCCUGUCACCAUUUGAGAGCGUGCCCAAUUUCAUCAGCUUCACCUCUGUCACCUCUAGGAGAAGUCACCCACCCACCUUGUUAUGCCAGGAACAGGGGUGUGUGAAGUUAUGGACAACUUUGUGGUCUGCCGGCCGACGGUGUGAGAAGCACUGGCUCUGAAUUCUCCAUCUUGGCUGGCCAGAUUUGCCUUCUGGACAGAGCAGUUCCUGCUUGCCUACAGACCAGUGGUCCUCGGGUCUCCGGCAUGCCCCUGGCCACUCCUGUUUGGUAGAUGUGGCGGCUUCAUGUGGAGCCCACCAUUUACUCCUGACCCAGACGCUGCCUUUCCGGGGCCUCUUGGGGCCCAGAGUCCACCGCCUCCACCUGCUGUCAUGCUGCUCCUGGCAUCCCUUCUGUUGCACUGCCUCCCCUUGGCCAUGGGGGACUACGACAUCUGCAAAUCCUGGGUGACCACGGACGAGGGCCCAUCCUGGGAGUUCUAUGCCUGCCAGCCCAAGGCCAUGAGCAUGAAGGACUAUGUCACGGUGAAGGUGGAGCCCGCUGGGAUCACUUGUGGAGACCCCCCAGAGAGAUUCUGCACUCAUGAAAACCCGUACUUGUGCAGUGAUGAGUGUGAUGCUUCAAACCCAGACCUGGCCCACCCACCUCGGCUCAUGUUUGACAAGGAGGAUGAGGGGCUGGCCACCUACUGGCAGAGUGUGACAUGGAGCCGAUACCCAAGUCCACUGGAAGCCAAUAUCACCCUUUCCUGGAACAAGAGCAUCGAGCUGACUGAUGACAUAGUGGUGACCUUUGAGUACGGUCGUCCUACUAUCAUGAUGCUGGAGAAGUCACUGGACAAUGGGCGGACCUGGCAUCCCUAUCAGUAUUACGCAGAAGACUGCAUGGAAGCCUUCAACAUGCCUCCCCGCAGGGUCCGUGACCUGUCCUCCACGAGCGCUAACCGGGUGGUCUGCACAGAGGAGUAUUCGCGGUGGGCGGGCUCCAAGAAGGAGAAGCACGUGCGCUUCGAGGUACGAGACCGCUUUGCCAUCUUUGCUGGCCCGGAUCUCCGCAACCUGGACAACCUCUACACCAGGCUGGAGAGUGCCAAGGGACUCAAGGAGUUUUUCACCGCCACUGACCUGCGCAUGAAACUGCUCCGGCCUGCUUUGGGGGGCACCUAUGUUCAGCGAGAGAACCUCUACAAAUACUUCUAUGCCAUCUCCAACAUCGAGGUCAUUGGCAGGUGUAAAUGCAACCUCCAUGCCAACCUGUGCUCCUACAAAGAAGGCGGCCUCCAAUGUGAGUGUGAACACAAUACCACUGGCCAGGACUGUGGCAAAUGCAAGAAGAACUUUCGAACCCGCUCAUGGAGAGCAGGGUCCUACCUGCCUCUCCCUAAUGGGUCCCCUAAUGCAUGUGCGGCUGCAGGCUCCGCCUUUGGCAGAAUCAGUCGGCCACCGAAGGUCACUAUCCCCAAGGCCACUGUCACCACAAUGGCUCCCAGGGUGGCCAGCACCACAUCUACUCCCACAACCCCCACCACACAAGCCCUCACCCUUCCCAGCACCCAACAAUCCACAGCCAUCACCACUGUUGCUGUCCCUGCCAAGAUCUCCAAACUUUUCCAGCUCAAGCCUAAAUCUCCUCAAGUGGUGCCCAUUGAAGUAUUCAAAGACUGCGAGUGUUAUGGUCAUUCCAAUCGUUGUAGCUACAUUGACUUCUUGAAUGUGGUGACCUGUGUGAGCUGUAAACACAACACCCGGGGCCAGCACUGCCAGCACUGCCGCCUGGGCUACUACCGCAACGGCUCCGCCGAGCUGGACGAUGAAAACGUCUGCAUUGAAUGUAACUGCAACCAGAUAGGAUCUAUUAAUGACCGGUGCAAUGAGACCGGUCACUGUGAGUGCCGAGAAGGGGCUGCGGGCCCCAAGUGUGAUGACUGCCUCCCCAGUCACUACUGGCGCCAGGGCUGCUUCCCUAAUGUCUGUGAUGAUGAAUACUUACUCUGCCAAAAUGGGGGGACGUGCUACCAGAACCAGCGUUGCCUCUGUCCCAGCGGCUUCCAGGGCGUGCUGUGCGACCAGCCUCUCUGCCAGGGGGAGGAAGGCCAAGCCUGCGACCCUGCCUCCUGUGCCGGCCCCCACCUCGCCGCGCUCCUUGGCUCUGGGUUCCUUCUGUGGCUGGCGGGCUGCCUGGGUUACUGACACCGCCUCAUCCCCAAAGCUGGGGGCUAGGAGGGGCCGUCGAGGCGCAGGCCCCCCCUCCCCAUCGUCACCCCCAGGGACUGCCUCACACCAGGACUGUUCACCUCCAUUCCAUCCUCACUCAUGUCCUUCUGAACACCAGGAGCAGCCACGAAGACCUGGCCUGGGAACACUAACCCUUCCUGCCAGAAUGGUGCCGGCCAAGCCCCCUCCGGGGCUUCCUCAGCAAGGUCUCUGCUCUCCCUCCUUCCGUGGACUCUGUCCUCCGUGACCCAUCCUCUUUCCCCAACGUAGGCCAUCGUUCACGGCCUGGGACCCAGUUCCCCCCGCCAAAGCAAACGACCUACAAUUUUAGUUUUACCUCUGGUUUUCUCAUUUCCCCAGGGUGGUUUUGUGGGGGAGGGAGGGACAGUGAUCACUCUCCCCUUCGACACCCCAAGUUCUGACAAGGCAACAACAGCAUCCCUCCCAAGUCUUUCUGGUUGACUGAGGACCGGCAGCAAGCACCGUCCCCAGUUGGCGGACAGCCCGGCGUUACAGUUGCCUACAAAUCUCGAUGCUGAAUUUAUGAUAUUUUGUAUUCUCACUGGUUUCCUUUUGCAAACCACCAGACCCCUAAGAUCAACCUUGGGGUUAAGGUGAGGAGGACUUCACUGUCUCGAGGUGGGGGAGGCUCUGAAGAAUGUAGGGAUCAGUACUUCGUUUUGUAGAGAAUUAUUUUUGUUUGUAUCGUGUCCUACAUAUCAACGGGACAAGAAGGGAAGAGCCAUUCACCAUGGGUGUUUGGAUGAUGGCAUAUAAUCCUACAGAGUAAAAGAUCUGUUAACUGCUUUUUCUCCA